UUAAGGCGCAUAUACAAUUUGUGACUGAGUUCCCCCAAUUCAAUACCUUUCAUAUUUAUCUGUUUAUAAUCCUGGAACAUAUAAGAAUAAUCCGCAGUUCAAUUUUAUAGUUUGUGUCGUCGUGAUCGUUAUUAACAAUUAGUUUAUCUUUCAAGAGGAACAAAGGACAAAAUGAAUAAAGAUGAUGAUGCGAAGUCCAAUAUGAAGCCUACGGAUGUGCUUAAAUCGGACAUAAAUAUAUUGUUGUUAGGCGUUACCGGCGUUGGAAAAUCCACAUUCAUCAACUCAUUCGCUAAUUAUAUACAGUAUCAAGACAUCGAGACUGCAACCAAAUCGAAGCUGCUCUGUCUGAUCCCAAGCAAAGUCAGCAUCACUGAUAUCAAUUUUAAAGAACACAACAUCACUGUUGGCGAUGACAAGAACGAGGAUAAGGAAUUUGGCAACUCUUCGACGCAAGGUACCAGAGCUUACGUAUUUCCCAUUCAAGGACAGGACGUCAAGAUUCGUUUGAUCGAUACACCCGGCAUCGGCGAUUCCAGGGGUCUGGACCAGGACAAAGAAAACUUCGAAAACAUCCUGUCAUACAUCAGCCGUUUUCCGGAGCUGCACGCGAUCUGCUUUCUGUUAAGGCCCGACGUCUCCGUGAUCAAUGCGUACUUCGAAUUCUGCAUCAACCAUUUGCUUUCGCGUCUGGACAAGUCCGCAGCGAAAAACAUCAUUUUUGUAUUUACCAGCACCCGAUGCUCAUUCUACAGACCCGCAGAAACGCGCACCUCGCUCGGCAAGGUGUUGGCAGAUGUCGAGAAGAAAUCGCAAGGUGUUAAGAUACCGUACGGCAAGGAAAACAUGUUCUGCUUCGACAACGAGUCUUUCAAGUAUUUGGUGGGCAAGAAGAAUGGAAUCACAUUUGGGGAUUGCGAGCAGCGCGAGUUCACCAAGAGCUGGCAAACGUCCGUGGACAGCUUAUGGAAUAUGCUCUCCUACAUUUCGGGGGAUAUGAACAGAAAGGGCUUGACUCCUCAUAGCACGGAGAAAACUCUAUCUGUGAAUGAGACCCGGAAACUCAUUAUUGACUUGAGCAAACCGCUUGCAGACAUCGCGGAUCUUAUCCAGGACAAUCUGACUGUACUAAACCGCCACCAAAAGAUUUUACUGGAUUCAGAACUAACGAACGACGAGUUGACGAAGAAACUGUACAUCCCGUGCGUCAAUCUUAAACAAAAAUCUUUGAAUCAACCGGUCACAGUUUGUACUUCGGUAAAAUGCAGCGAAACUUGUACGGUUUACGGCAUAACGAAGUACCACUACAAGACGAGGUGCCACAAUCCUUGUUACCUAACGAAUGUAACCGCGGAAAUAAUCGGAGCUCCCGAAUUGAUGCAAUGCGCAGCGAUGGCAGGAACUCAGACUUGCACUGUAUGCAAAUGCAGUUAUCUCGCUCACCAACACAUCAACUAUGAAACGGAACUGAUUUCUGAUAAAAUCGAAGAUAAAUCUGUGAAAAAAACAAUAACUACUACUGAUGAUAGGAUAAAGGCAUUGUACAAGAUCAUUCAAGACCUAAAGAAACGCAGCACGGAAUUUGAGGAGGAAAGGGAUGCUAUCAUUCUUGCAAUGGCCAAAUUUGCACAUUACCUCAUGAACAACUCAAUUACAAUCUACAACGACUCGUACAUUACCUACAUAGACUACUUGAUCGACAGAGAGAACAAACUAGGUUCGCAUAAGGAUGCUGAAAUUAUUAAGCGUUACGUAUACCUUAAGAGGAGACACGAAAUGGAGAAAAAAAUACUGGAGUCUGCCAAAAAAGAUGCACUGAAAAUAGAUCCAAAUGUUUGCAUGGUAAAUUCAACGGAUGUAUACAAAUGUAUCCAGAAUUUAUACGAUUUACGACAUACCGGUAAGAAAAUCAAGGAUCUCCAUAAGCACCAGGAGAAUGAGCGUAAAAAGGAAAUGGAACACAAUAUGGAAUACUGUCAUCCCAAAAAUAUAAAGAAACCGAAAAAUAAGACGAAGCAACAGGAAUUGGAAAACUUGCAGAAAAAGUUGAGGAAUUUGAAUUUAGAUGGUGCUGGUAUCAAGGAGCUGUUUGGAUUAAUUAAACAGGAAAACCAAAAGCCCUUUUCGCAGCAUAUGAAAUAUGAAGCACCGCGUAAUCAAGGGAACAAUCCACGCAACAAUAAUCCGGGAAACUUCAAACCACGUAACAACCAUCCGGGAAACUUUCAUCCACGUAACUACAGUCCGGGAAACUUCAAUCCACGCAACAACAGUCCUGGAAAUUUCAAUCCACGCCAUAUCAGUCCGGAAAACUACAAUAUAUACCAUGGUAUGCAGGGAAACCAUCCGUACAACCAUAAUCCAAUGAACAGCAAUCCGGCAAAUUUUCAUCCACAAACCAAUAAUCCGGGAAACUUUAAUCCAUACAACAAUAGCCAGGGAAACUUCAAUCCAUAUAACAUUAGUCCGGGAAACUUGAAUUCAUACAACAAUAACCCGGGAAACUUAAAUCCAUACAACAAUUAUCCGGGAAACUUCGAUUCAAUCAACAAUUAUCCGCAAAACUUCAAUCCAAACAACAGUAAUCCGGGAAACUAUCAUCCACUCCCCGGCAAUUCGAAGGUAUAUAAUAAUAAAACGAACAAAAUGGAAAACAAUUUGAGUAAAAAUGAGAAGUCUGGUGGAUCUAUACAGCAGAAAGGUCGUUCGCAUCAAGCAAAUAUUCCGUCUCUUUUAAGUCUUCCGGUUAAUAAUCCACGUGGUGCCGUUCCAAAGGCGAAAACCGGAAAGAUAAAUAAAAAAUCGCAGAACAGCCACAAAAAAGCAUCUAAUUCUAAACAGAAUAAUAAAGAGUCUGAUGAUUCUGAUGAUGAUCUUAAGUUCAUGAAGAAAUUCCUAGAAGAUCAGCGAAGUGGUGAUGGAAAGAAGAAAAAGAUCGUCUUACAAAUCGAAGAGUAUUGAUAUACUUCAUAUAUUUGUUUUAUAUACUUUAUGUUAAAAUAAUGAUUGAAAGUAGAUUAGGAAAUAUUUUUAUAAAUAUAUUCUAAGGAGGCAUAUAUGAGAAGGAAUAACAUAUUAUUAGUCCGUUAGA